AUGAUUCUUGAUCGAUCUUUGGAGAACCUGCAAGGCAAGGUGGCAUUGCUGAGCAAUCUGAUUGGGCAAGAGAACGCAGUGUGUGCAGUGGCGCGGUUUCCUUUGCUGCUGUGUUCAAGCGAAACAAAUCUCAAGAGGAGUUUUGGAGAACUUGUGCGAGAAGUGGAAGAGGCGUUGGAGAGUGGUGAAGAGGCAUUGGAGAGUGGUGAAGAGGCAUUGGAGAGUGGUGAAGAGGCAUUGGAGAGUGGUGAAGAGGCGUUGGAGAGUGGUGAAGAGACGUUGGAGAGUGGUGAAGGGGUCUUGGAAAUCAGUGAAGAAGAUGAAAACGCAAGAGAGAAUCUUCACUUGGAGUCGCCUCAAAAGAAUGCAAGCGAUAGUCCGAAGCAAGGCUGGAGCGGCGCUGGCUUUAGAGCCGGAUCCAAGAGCUGGGUGGAAGCAAGGGCAGGAGAAGGAGGCGGUUCUGAUGGCAGCGCUGGCACCACAGCUCGUGAUCCAAUGGCUGAGAGCAGGGCUGGCGCCACAGCUUAUGAUCUAAUGGCUGAGAACAGAACUUGCGCCACAGCCCGUGAUCUAGUGGCGUGUCUGGUGCUGAAGUACCCAUCGUUGAUCUACUACAAUUGGGAGAUGAAUACGAGGCACAAGGUGGAGUACUUAAAACGGGACAUGGGGCUGUCUAUAAUGGAGGUGCUUGCGUUCCCUAAUUUUCUGAAUUACAGUUUGGAUCGGCGAAUCAGACCGCGACAUGUGGCACUGCUGAGCAUUGGCUAUGAGUUGGUGCCAUAUAGAGUGAUGGCCCUUGAAUGGAGAGGUGAACGUAGGAGGGAGAAUGUGAAGGACACUGGCGCAGGGUUGGGAGACGGGUUGAAAGAGGUGGAAAGGGGUAACGGGGUGGAAGGAUGUGAAUGGGUGGAACAAGGAAAAGAGGUGGAAUGCGGUGAAGAGGUUGGAGGUUCUAGUGGCCUGGAGUAUAUUCCAGGCAGCAACAAGCUUGGGACAAGAGUCACAGGUCAACAAGGAUUGGCGGAAGCGGCGUUGCAGCAGGCACGGAAGGUGUGUUUGGUUCAAUUCAUCCAGUGCUCGGACAAGCUAUUUGAAAAGAGAUUUGGGAUAGCACCCAUUGAUUCUUCCAUAAAUGGGAGCUAA